AUGAUUUAUAAAAAUGGCUACUCCAUAAGUGCCGGUAGGGAAGAGAACAGUAGGCGAAUGAGUGGUAGAAUUUCUUUCUUCCCGCUCUCCGUUACUACAUUGUCACGUACAGUUUUUUUUUUCUCUGUUAGUCUUCAACACGGUUACUCGUACAGUUCGGUUUCCAAACCCGACUCACUGCAACAGGGAUGUACACUUUCUUCCUCUCUUUGGUUUUCUUCUUUCUUUCCUUCUUCUUCUUUACACAAUUCAGCUUAUAACAGAGGUAUACACUUUCUUCCUCUCUGGAUAUCCUUUUUCUUUUCUUUACACAAUUCAACUUGUAACAGAGGUAUACACUUUCCUCCCUGGUUUUCCUUUUUCUUUAAACGCAGGCUGAAUCCUCAGCACGAUAAACAUUUCUAUCUUCUCUUUCUUUCUUUCUUUUUUCUUUUUUCUUUUUUUCUUUCUUUCUUUCUUUCUUUUUUCUUUCUUUUUUUUUUUUUCUUUUUUUUUUUCUUUCUUUCUUUUUUUUCUUUCUUUCUUUUUUUUCUUUCUUUCUUUUUUUUCUUUCUUUCUUUUUUUUUCUUUCUUUCUUUUUUUCUUUCUUUCUUUCUUUCUUUCUUUCUUUCUUUCUUUCUUUUUUCAUUUUCUUGCUGUUGA